CCCCGGUAGCUUAGGGACCUAGCAAAAAUGGCCGGUGUAUACGAGAAAGAGAGCGAUUAUGGCUACAUCCGCAAGGUCUCCGGACCUGUGGUGGUCGCCGACCAUAUGGCCGGCGCUGCCAUGUAUGAGCUGGUUCGCGUUGGCACGGACAACCUGAUUGGUGAAAUUAUUCGCUUGGAGGGUGACAGCGCCACGAUCCAGGUUUAUGAGGAGACGGCUGGCCUUUGCGUGGGCGACAUCGUGUUGCGCACAAAGAAGCCUCUGUGCGUGGAGCUGGGCCCUGGUGUCCUGGGCAACAUCUUCGAUGGCAUUCAGCGCCCGCUCAAGGCGAUUGCCCAGCAGAGCGGCGAUGUGUUCAUCCCCCGUGGUGUUGCUUGUCCCUCACUGGACAUCGUUAAGCAGUGGGAGUUCCACCCUAAGGGAUUCAAGGUGGGCGACCGCAUCACCGGAGGCGAUAUUUACGGUCUUGUGGCGGAGAACAGCCUUAUCGAGCACCGCCUGAUGCUCCCUCCCGGUGCCCGCGGUAGCGUCACCUACAUUGCCCCGGCGGGUCACUACAACGUGGAUGAGGAGAUCAUCGAGGUGGACUUCCAGGGCCAGAAGAAGAAGUACAGCAUGAAGCAGCUCUGGCCCGUGCGCUCCCCGCGCCCGGUGGCGCAGAAGCUGCUUGCGGACACCCCGCUGCUGACCGGCCAGCGUGUCCUGGACGCGCUGUUCCCCUCGGUGCUGGGCGGCACCUGCGCCAUCCCCGGUGCCUUCGGCUGCGGUAAGACCGUCAUCUCGCAGGCGCUGUCCAAAUACUCCAACUCGGACGGCAUCAUCUACGUGGGCUGCGGCGAGCGCGGUAACGAGAUGGCGGAGGUGCUGGCGGAGUUCCCCGCGCUCACCAUGACGCUGCCGGACGGGCGCGAGGAGUCCAUCAUGAAGCGCACCUGCUUGGUUGCUAACACCUCCAACAUGCCCGUGGCUGCCCGCGAGGCGUCCAUCUACACGGGUAUCACUCUGGCCGAGUACUUCCGCGACAUGGGCUACCACUUCUCAAUGAUGGGCGACUCCACCUCGCGCUGGGCGGAGGCGCUGCGUGAGAUCUCGGGCCGCCUCGCGGAGAUGCCUGCGGACUCGGGCUACCCCGCCUACCUGGGUGCCCGCCUGGCCUCCUUCUACGAGCGCGCGGGUCGCGUGCAGUGCCUGGGUGGUCCCAAGCGCGAGGGCUCCGUCACCAUUGUGGGCGCCGUGUCGCCCCCGGGAGGCGACUUCUCCGACCCCGUCACGGCCGCCACGCUGGCCAUCGUGCAGGUCUUCUGGGGUCUCGACAAGAAGCUGGCGCAGCGCAAGCACUUCCCCUCGGUCAACUGGCUCAUCUCCUACUCCAAGUACACCAAGUCGCUGGAGCCCUUCUACGACAAGUUCGACCCCGAGUUCGUGCAGCUGCGCACCACCUUCCGCGAGGUGCUGCAGAAGGAGGACGAGCUGAACGAGAUCGUGCAGCUGGUGGGCAAGGACGCGCUCGCGGAGACGGACAAGAUCGUGCUGGAGACGGCCAGGUUCAUCAAGGACGACUACCUGCAGCAGAACUCGUUCACCAAGUACGACAAGUACUGCCCCUUCUACAAGAGCGUGGAGAUGAUGCGCAACAUCGCCACCUUCCACCGCCUCGCCACCGCCGCCAUCGAGAAGACGGCGGGCGGCAACGCGGAGGGGCAGAAGAUCACCCUCAACGUCAUCAAGCAGCGCAUGGGCGACACGCUCUACAAGCUCACCAGCCAAAAGUUCGAGGACCCAGCUGAGGGCGAGGACGCGGUGCGGCGCAAGCUGCGGGCGGUGUACGAGGAGCUGACGGAGCGCUUCCGGGCGCUGGAGGAGGAGUUCCGGUGAGCGGCAGCGGCAUGCGGAGGCAGCCCGCCUGCCUGCCUGAGGGGGACCCCGGCCGGCCUGCAUGCAUGCAUGCGUGGAGGGUUCGUGCGGAAGUUGGAGAGUGGAGGGGCGGAUCGGGUGGUGUUUCUCGGACGACGAAGGGUAGGGGGACACUGCGAGUGCCAGGGUAAUAGCUGACAGGUGAUAGGGGGUUUCCAAGAAGUGCGUACUGGGAGGGUUUAGAGGGUAGCUUUUUGCGGACGACGGAAUAUUGCACAUGCCUGUCUAACGACGCAUCCGGGUGGCAAGCGAGCGCAGGGCCGCACUUACGGGCCGAAGGCUCCUUGUCGUGCUUUGAUAGGGGACCAAUUACAGUACGCCUCCAGUUGGUAUGAAGGAUUCGGAGAAAUUGCAGACAUUGUAGCACUUCGGUGUAUGUCAGUUCCCUAGUGAAGCCCGUGUAUGUAUCUCUUUGCGUGAUCGAGUGGAUUCCCUGUAAAGGAACAUGCGUGUGUUACAUGGUGUGGGCAUGAGAACGUUCCGAGCCUCC